AUGGAAGGCAGGGGUCUCUUGGAAGGAGAAUUCGCGCUUGCCAUGGUGGAGCCUAUCGGGGUGGCCACCACCAGGCUUAAGGCUCUUAAGGAAGGUGGCCUCCAAGACUAUGGAAUAAGGGAGUCUAUACCAGGGAAAUCUGGAUUUUUUAUUGAACAACAUGCUGAUAAACUUGCAAUGAGGUCAUCAUCUUGCAUGCUCGUGGGUCCAAGUCCUACUUAUGUGCAGGGGGGAUGCAUGUCACAACACUUGGUUUUCUUCUUCGUCACAAAUCUCAUCUCCGUCUAUGUCGUCGAUGCCUGCCACACCGUUGGGGAGCUGGAGGAGCCGCUCCUCGCCCCAACCCCCGACCGCCUCUUGAUGUUCCCAAUUCGGUACCUCCAGGUGUGGGAGAUGUACAAGAAGGCCGUCACCUCCUUCUGGACCGCCGAUCUCUCCCACUGGCUCCACACACUCAUCCCCGACGAGCGCCGCUUCACCUCUCCCAUCCUCGCCUUCUUCGCCGCCUCCGACAACAUCAUCCUCGAGAACCUCGCCUCCCGCUUCAUGUCCGAUGUCCAGAUUGCCGAGGCCCGCGCCUUCUACGGCUUUCAGAUAGCCAUCGAGAACAUCCACUCCGAGAUGUAUUCUCUUAUGCUGAAAUCCUACAUCAAAGACCGCCUUUUUCAUGCUGUCGAGAUGGUUCUGACGGUGGUGAAGAAGGCCGAGUGGGCACUCCGGUAG